AGAGUUAGAUGGAUGACGUGUACGUAUGGGUCCUUCGGACUUCCGGGUGUGCAUAAACAGAUCGCAAAGGACUCGCCUCGCCUUAAAGAUGUCUAAAGUAACGUUCAAAAUCACCCUGACGUCGGACCCCCGGCUGCCAUACAAAGUACUAAGUGUUCCAGAGAGUACACCAUUCACAGCAGUUUUGAAGUUUGCAGCUGAGGAGUUCAAAGUACCAUCAGCCACUAGCGCCAUAAUAACAAAUGACGGAAUAGGAAUCAAUCCUGCCCAGACAGCAGGGAACGUGUUUCUAAAACACGGCUCAGAGCUUCGCAUCAUUCCCAGAGACAGAGUGGGAGGACAAGGAGACUGAUGCUGCUUUUCCUCGUCCACGGCAAAAUGACUCACCCGGCAGAAGCGUAUAAUACAUGAUACCCAGGAAACACCGUGGCGUGUGUCAUAUUUAUUUUCUGGCCCACAACUGACAAUGACUCACAUGAGAAUAUGUAUAUUUAAACUUGAUGAUGGCAUGCACACACACUUGCAUGCUCCCUGCUUUUUCUUCAUACUCAGUCAAGUUGUUUAUUUUCUCCCUUCUGUAAGAUGAUUGGAGCGACAUCAAGAGUACCCAGAGGUACUGAGUAAUUAAUGGGCACAAACGCAGCAGCUGCAACCUGGGGAAUAUUUCAACUAAGUUUAACAGACAACAGAGUCAACAUUUGUGGCUUUCGUAUCUUUGUAAAUGACAAUAAACUAUCAGCACGACUAACAUUACAUGCCUAUUUUGCAAUGUUUAUUUGGGAUUUUUUUUUUUUAGCAUUGUGAACAUAAUUUUUUUUUUUUUUUUUAGAAAAAUAAAUGUUCAACCUGCUUUUGUGGACCAUUGAUGUUAUAUAAAGUGGCUGUGGAUAUGCAGGUAUUGUCUAUCAGAGAGGUAUUUCUUCAGCACAAGGUAAAUAAACUUGUAUCAUGGAUCUGUAAUGAAUUGUGUCAUGGACCAGCUCGUUCCAUAUAACUUCUAUGACAAUCAUGUUUACACAUAAGGAAAUGUGAUUGUUCAUCUGUCAAACUGAGCAGGGAUGUGGAUCUUUGCUGCCCUCUGUCAUCUGUUACAUUUUAACAUCCAUCUGCACUCACCCUCUAAAUUUCAAACCACUUAUUAUGCCCCAUCUUCACACAAUUAGUAUAAAAACAUUACACUAAGUAAUAAAAACUUUAUGAACCACUAGCUUAAUUGGGAGCAGAGGAGCAGGUGGUGAGAGAAUAUGGCAGCCAUCCAUAAAUCUUAGAUUAAAAUGCAGAGCCCCCCUGAAUAUGUCGCUGUGGCGGAGGUAACAACAAACACUGUUUCCCGUGUGGAAAAUAAAUGUGUUUGAGUGCA